AUUUCCCCUGACUGUGAAAGCACCAUUCUCCAUCUUCCUCUGAACAGGGAAGGGACCAACCUGCGUCCUGCUGCACCCCAUUGAAAUUCGUCUGUUACUUAUUCUAGAAGACCACAAACACCACCAUCAUGACAGACUCCAAAUAUUUCACUACCAACAAAAAGGGGGAGAUCUUUGAACUGAAGGCUGAGUUAAACAAUGAGAAGAAAGAGAAGAGGAAAGAGGCAGUAAAGAAGGUCAUCGCUGCCAUGACUGUUGGCAAAGAUGUUCAUUUUGACAUUGCAUCCUACUCAAAGAAAAUGGAUUCAAAAGAUUUUGAUGAGCUGAAGGUCAGCAAUGCACUGCGAUAUGACAUUUUGACAGAAGUCCUUAAUUCCUUGGGAGUCAGCUGUGAACCAAGCCAGACUCCUGCCCCAAGUCCUGUCUACCUGCUGGCCACCUCCCAGUGGACAUCGGAAAUGAUAUGUGGAAACAACAUUAAUGUUUGUUCAACAUUUCGUGAGAGGAAUAUCCACAGAAAUGACAAGAAGAGGAGUUGGAGCGAAAUUGCUACCGCAGUUGAUAUAUCCGAUUUCUUUUCACAGGACUGUGAGGACCCCAACCCUCUGAUCCGGGCCCUGGCUGUCCGCACCAUGGGCUGCAUACGGGUGGACAAGAUCACAGAGUACUUGUGUGAGCCGCUAAGGAAGUGUCUGAAGGAUGAGGACCCAUAUGUGAGGAAGACAGCAGCUGUUUGUGUGGCAAAGCUGCAUGACAUCAAUGCCCAGAUGGUGGAAGAUCAGGGUUUCCUGGACUCUCUGAGGGAUCUCAUCGCUGACUCAAACCCCAUGGUUGUUGCCAAUGCAGUUGCUGCUUUGUCUGAGAUCAGCGAGUCUCACCCCAACAGCAAUUUGCUGGACCUGAACCCCCAGAACAUCAACAAGCUACUGACGGCCCUCAACGAAUGCACAGAGUGGGGACAGAUUUUCAUCCUAGACUGCCUGUCCAACUACAACCCCAAGGAUGACCGAGAGGCUCAGAGCAUCUGUGAGCGUGUCACUCCUCGACUGUCUCACGCCAACUCAGCAGUGGUUCUGUCCGCUGUCAAGGUCCUGAUGAAGUUCUUGGAGCUCCUGCCAAAGGACUCGGACUACUACAACACAUUACUGAAGAAGCUGUCUCCGCCACUCGUUACUCUGCUGUCUGGAGAGCCAGAGGUCCAGUAUGUGGCUCUGAGGAACAUCAACCUGAUUGUUCAGAAAAGACCUGAGAUCCUAAAGCAGGAGAUUAAAGUGUUCUUUGUCAAGUAUAACGACCCGAUUUAUGUGAAGCUGGAGAAACUGGACAUCAUGAUCCGCUUGGCCUCUCAGGCCAACAUUGCCCAGGUUUUGGCUGAACUGAAGGAAUAUGCCACAGAGGUAGAUGUUGACUUUGUGCGUAAGGCAGUACGAGCCAUCGGACGUUGUGCCAUCAAAGUGGAGCAAUCGGCUGAGCGCUGUGUCAGCACUCUGCUGGACCUGAUCCAGACAAAGGUCAACUACGUGGUUCAGGAGGCUAUUGUGGUCAUCAGGGACAUUUUCCGCAAGUACCCUAACAAAUAUGAGAGCAUCAUCGCCACGCUGUGCGAGAACCUGGACUCCCUGGAUGAACCCGAUGCUCGAGGUGCCAUGAUCUGGAUCGUCGGAGAGUACGCCGAGAGGAUCGACAAUGCUGACGAAUUGCUCGAGAGCUUCCUCGAGGGUUUCCACGACGAGAGCACUCAGGUACAACUCACUCUUUUGACUGCCAUUGUGAAGCUGUUCCUGAAGAAACCAUCAGAAACUCAGGAGCUGGUGCAGCAGGUCCUCAGCCUGGCCACUCAGGACUCUGACAACCCAGACCUCCGUGACAGAGGCUAUAUUUACUGGCGCCUGCUGUCGACUGACCCUGUGACGGCCAAAGAGGUGGUGCUGUCAGAAAAGCCCCUGAUCUCGGAGGAGACUGACUUGAUUGAGCCCACGCUGCUGGACGAGCUGAUCUGCCACAUCGGCUCCCUGGCCUCAGUCUAUCACAAGCCGCCCAGCGCCUUUGUGGAGGGAAGUCAUGGAAUCCACCGGAAGCACCUUCCUGUCCAGCACAGCAGUAUUGAUACAGGCGAGAGCCCUGUGAGCGGAGGUCCAGCUGCCGCCAUGGACCAGCCACAUGUGAUUCCUAGCCAGGGUGACCUUCUGGGUGACCUGCUAAACCUUGACCUGGGCCCUCCUGUCAAUGUUCCCCAAGUCUCCUCCAUGCAGAUGGGUGCAGUGGACCUGCUGGGUGGAGGCCUGGACAGCUUGCUUGGGGGAGACCUGGGCGGAGGUGUUGGGGGAAGUCCAGCAGUGGGACAAAACUUCAUUCCGUCAUCCGUCCCCAGCACUUUUGCUCCGUCACCAACUCCUGCUCCUCCAGCAGUCAGCAGUGGCCUCAAUGACCUUUUUGAGCUUUCCACAGGCAUGGCCAUCGCCACCGGAGGCUUCGUAGCCCCAAAAGCAGUGUGGCUUCCUGCAGUAAAAGCCAAGGGACUAGAAAUCUCUGGAACAUUCUCCCGCCGCCAGGGCCACAUGUACAUGGACAUGUCGUUCACCAACAAGGCACUGCAGCACAUGAAUGACUUUGCCGUCCAGUUCAACAAAAACAGUUUUGGUGUGAUUCCCACCAGUCCUCUGCCCAUUCACACUCCACUGAUGCCCAAUCAGAGUAUCGAGGUCUCCCUGCCUGUUAACACCAUUGGACCUGUUAUGAAAAUGGAUCCGCUCAAUAAUCUGCAGGUGGCUGUAAAGAACAACAUUGAUGUGUUCUACUUCAGCGUCCUCAUCCCUCUGAAUAUAUUCUUUGUUGAAGAUGGAAAAAUGGAGCGACAGGUGUUUCUGGCGACCUGGAAGGACAUUCCCAAUGAGAAUGAACUCCAGUACCAGAUCAAAGAUUGUCACCUUAAUGCUGACACAGUGUCUGGCAAACUACAGAAUAACAACGUCUACACCAUUGCCAAAAGAAACGUGGAAGGCCAGGACAUGCUGUACCAGUCACUCAAGUUGACCAAUGGCAUUUGGAUCCUGGCUGAGCUCCGCAUUCAACCAGGGAACCCCAAUUAUACGCUCUCUCUGAAGUGUCGGGCUCCCGAAGUUUCUCAGUACAUCUACCAGAUGUAUGACUCCAUCCUGAAAAACUGAGCUCAUGGCUACUCUCCUCCUUCCUGGAAAGUGGCUGUUUAUUUUCUGUGCUUAUAACCAACUGCCAGAACAAGAGAAUUAAAAAAGUAAAUGAGAAAUAAUAAUCUGAAAUGUUAGGUGCAUUUUCACUUUGAAAAGUCAUUAUUGUGGUUGACAUAUUUUCAUUUUCUGUUGUUUUGGCAGUCUGGAAUCGAUGACUGUGUCUCUCAGUACACUCCCUGUUUAUGCUUGUGUCCUAGUAAAAACGCAUUAAUCAUUCCAUCCUUAA